CAAAUUUUCUUUCCAAAAAAUUACAAAUAUUUGAACAAUAUAACAAAUUUUAGUAACAAAAUUAUAAAAUAUAUGUUUAGUACAAAUAAAAAUCCGUAAACUAAAAAUAUGAAGUCUCUUGUAUUUAUUCAAGCAUUUUUUUUAAUCAUUACAAUUAAUGUAAAUAUUAUUAAUACUCGUUCGAUAAAUCGAAGAUACACUACGACUAAUGAGGAAAAACAAACUGGAAAUGAAAAUAAUUUAAUGCAGGGUAUUGGUUGUAAACCAGAGUGCGCAUCAUGCCCAGCAAAUAUGAGAAUAUGCUUUCAAAAACAUAAUUGUAAAAAUACUCGUGCCUCAAACAAUGAUGCUGCUAACGAAGAUUGUGAAUCGAAAUGUGUGAAAUGUUCAGAGAAAACGCAUCAAAUAUGUUGGAUCAGUGGAAAUUGUAAUAUUGAACAAAUAAUCGAAUUACCUGACAACAACAUAUCACCUGUAAAUCACACGGAAAAAUUACAAAUAAUUAAUAUUUAUACAUCAAAGAAUACGAACAUUGAUAUUUUCGCUGAUAGUGCUGAUAAAAAGGCAAAAGAAAGGAAAUCAAACGAACAAAAAACCAUUAACAUUAACUUCGGUGAUGACGAUAAGAAACGUGAAAAUUAUACGAUGAUACUAAACAGUAACGAAAUUACCAUCAUUAAUGACAACAACAAGAAUAAAGAAAAUGAGCCUUCAACGGAGAAACAACAAUCGUUUAAACCUUCUACAAAAUCAAUAGAAAACUCAACACCUGUAAAUUCUAAUAAUUCACUACCUGAUUCUUCUUCUCAACCGGCAUCAAACAAAUCUUUCUAUCACUCACAUUCAAACUCAGAUGAAAAUUAUUCAUCUUAUUCCGUUGAAAAAGUACCAAAUCCUAUUCUAAAGAGUAGAAAAUUUGCAUUGAAAUCACUUGCUUUGAAAGAACCAAAUCUAAAUAAUUUAAACGAAUCAUAUGAGAAUGUUAAAUUUAAUUCUGAGUCACUUUCAACUGGGGUAUUCAGUGAUGAAAAAAAUUUAACGCCAUCAAAUAGUAUUGAAUCGGAAUGUUUAUUAAAUGAAUCGAAUAGUUUAUUAGAUGAAAAUAGCUCAAUAAAUUUAAUGUUAACACCAAAAACUAAAAGAAUGCAUGCUUCAUCUAAAUUUAAGGAAUAUGAACGACUCGUAAAACAAGUACUCACAGGUAGAAAUCUAUCUAAAGGUGAUUGGAAUCAAAUUGAUUUAUCUGAUUCUACAGAAGAAAAGUUUAGUCCAAAUGUUACAACAAAAACGAAACCAAAUUCAGAAUUGAAUGAAAGUGAUUAUUCAUCUGCAUCUGAGACAAAUAAAUCAGAUGGAGAAGAGAUGGCAACACAGAAAUCAAAGCCAGAUUUGAAUGAAAUGGAUGAUGUAUCUGAAACUGAAGAAAGCUUUGAGACAGGAAUCAAUAAAUUAAUAAAUGAAACAAUCUUUUUAUCUGAAUCAAAAGAGUCAAUAGAAGAUAUCACGACUAUCAGGCCUAACACUAAAACCGAAACUACAGGUUCAGAUUCUGAAAUUGUUGAUUAUUAUGAAGACAUCACGACUAGUAAGCCUAAAAAUGAAACUAAAACUACGAAUUCAGAUUCUGCUCAGACAAAUGAAGACAAAUCAAACACCGACCCAAAAAAAGAUUAUGAAGGCAUCAUGAGUAGUAAGCCUACAGAGCAAACUACAAUGGCGAUACCGAAAGAUGAUCAAAUAAAAGCGGAUAAUGAAAUUAGUGAAGAGGAAGAUUGCGAAGAAAAUGAUGAUGAAGACUAA